AUGCUGGCUGAGUUCACUUCUCUCGGCAACGAAAGGCUUUUUUGGCACCUUUUACGGCUCGCUGUGGCCUUUGCUGGCUUGACUGGUAUCUUCAAGGAUAAGAACCCGUUUGGCUUUGAAAGUCUGAAGAUUAGGGGACCCCAGGGCAUUCAGAAACUGAUUUUGGUUGCUUUAGGUGUUGUAUUUUAUGGAUACAGAGCUGUGGCAGAGACGAGGGUGGAAUUGAUCCCUCAAUUGGCAGCAGUGGCAUUGGUAGCUGUUCCUCUUGGAAAGUAUACUUCACCAAUUGCAAAGUUCUUGCUUUCUACUGCCUGGGUGGUUGAGUCGUUGAUUGGCAACGUCGAAAGAAGGCCAUUGGAUGCGAAAGUCAACUUUAUUGCUCAACUGGUCUUGGUGGUCCUUAUAUCUAUAUCAAGAGAUCCUCCAGUUUCCCAGGAAACAAGUCGUCGAGGCUUAAAGUCGUUCUUUGAUAGAGCUACCCUCUCAGUCUUGAGCAAGGCCCUUAAAAGCGCAUACAAGCACGGAACAUUCCAAAGAGAAGAUCUACCUGAAGAAGAGUACACCUUCGAUUCAGAAGCAGCUGCUCUUAUAUUCGAGAAGAACUUGAAAGGUCCAGUGGACAGAAACCUCCUACUUAAAGCUUUAUGGGUAUCUUUUUACCCAAGCUUAAUAAAAUCAUACGCUUUUCAAGUGACUCGGUACUUGCUAGAGCUCUCAAGGCCAUACUUGCUAAAGAAGCUCAUCUACUUCAUUGACCAGCGGUACCAAAGUCAAGAACCUAGUUUGAAAUAUGGUAUUGGCAUAGCAUUUGCUAUCUAUAUUGAUACAUUAAUUGCAACCGAAGUUGCCUUUUUCGAGGCCUUCGAGAUCACUGACCUCCAUUCCAGAGUCUGUGCUGCCCUAGAGUCCAUAAUCUACAAAAAGUCCCAACGCUUAUCCCGCCAGUCCAGAGAAACAUACCUGACAGGUAAAAUCAUACAGCUUAUUAGUGGAGACGCCGACAAAAUAGCCGUUGCUGCUCGUAGGGCCGGAGAGCUCGUCACUUCUCCUGCCCAGCUUCUACUUUGCUUGUUCUCUUUAUGGAGUCUUGUGGGAAGUGCCCUGUUAGGUAACUUUGUCAUUUUGGGUCUUUUUAUUCCUUUAAAUGCCUAUGUACUUAAAAUAAUUACAAGGCGUAUGAAGAUAUACCGAGAACUGAGAGACAGACUGGGCGAGGCCAUUGCUGACCUUUACUCGUCUAUGAAGCUUCUUAAGUUAUACACCUGGGAGAAUGUGUUGAUGAAGAAGGUCAUAGAUUUGAAGGAGAACGAAGAAAUUCCUGCUAACCGGUCUCGUCUCAGUUACAACAGACUUGCCAACUUCUUUUGGCUGUUGCAACCGUUUUUGGUUUCUUUUACCACUCUUACCGUCUACACUUGGUUCAGCAAGAAGCAGUUGACUGCAGAAAUCAUCUUUCCAACCCUUGCCUUGCUCAAGAUACUUGCUGUGCCUGUUACAAAAAUUCCACAAUUGCUGUCGGUUGUACUGGGAGCAAACAUAUCGCUUGAGAAGGUAGCUAGCUUUUUGGCUACUUCUGAGCUUGAAGGGAGAGUUACAUCUAAUGACUCAGACAACGCUGUGGAAGUCAAAGGUUCUUUUGUGUGGUCAAAACUGGAGGAAGCCAAAAGCACUGCUUUAAGCAAUAUCAACUUUUCAGUCAAGAAAGGCGAGUUUGUGACUUUGGUGGGCAGAGUAGGGUCAGGCAAAAGUGCUCUUCUUGGGGCUAUCCUAGGUGAACUUGAAACACAAAGCACUGCUGAUCUGGUAGUGGUCAAUGGCCUGGUAGCUUAUGUCAGUCAAACACCUUGGAUAUUAAAUGGUACCCUUAGAGACAAUAUUCUCUUUGGCAACGAGUUCCAGGAAGAUACCUACAAUACCAUUCUUGAAGCUUCUCAGCUUAAGAGUGAUAUAGAUAAGUUUCCAGAGAAGGAUUACACUUUGGUAGGUGAAAAGGGCGUAUCCUUAUCUGGGGGCCAAAAAGCCAGGGUUUCACUUGCUAGGGCACUUUACUCAGGUGCUGAUAUCUAUAUCAUUGACGAUGUACUAAGCGCUGUUGAUAACCAUGUGGGUAAGAAACUUAUUCAGGAAGUGUUUGUAGCAGGUGGAGUGCUUUCAGGGAAGACUAUUAUCUUUGCAACCAACAAUGUCCAGGUGUUGAGCCAUUCCAGCAGUAUAAGUUACCUAGAGGAUGGACAGAUCGUUGAGCAGGCCAGCUACAAGGAAGGUAAAGCGAACCAGGGAUCCAAACUUCAAGAGCUUUUAGCUACCGAUGAACCUGAAGUCGAAGGAAAGGUUAUACCCACCCUAAAGCCAAUUUCCAAAGUGCCUACUGCCGUAUUUGACUACAACCCUCUUGAACGGCAUUUCCUGACUUACAAAGGCAAAAUCACUGAACAAACGUCCAAAGGAAGAGUCCUGAAAAGUGUUUAUAUCGGCUACUUGAAAGCUUGUUCUGUUGUGCCAGUAUCGUUGGUAGUGAUACUUUCAGUGGUAACCAGUGGUCUUCGUAUUGGUACAGACUUGUGGCUUAAGAAAUGGGCAGAGGAUGACAGCCAAGAGCAGGAUAAAACCUGGCAUUAUAUUACUGGCUACGCUUUACUCGGUUUCUCGUUCGAGUUGAUUCUUGGCCUCAGAAGCUGGCUUCUUCUUGUUGUGGUAGGGUUCGAUGCUGCAAAGAAUAUCUUUGUGAAUAUGACAAAGGGACUUGUGGGAACUUCAAUUAGGUUUUUCGAUAAAACGCCCAGAGGUCGUAUUCUUUCCAAGUACUCCACUGAUAUCGCUAGGAUUGAAACUGUUCUUCCAAAGAGUAUAUUCACUUUACUUACCAACUUGUCUGCUGCAACGCUUUCAAUAGCAGCACUCGUGUAUGCUUCGCCUGCUGUGGUACCUGUUUUGCUCAUUCUUUCGUUGAUCCUCUGGCAUUACCAGUCUAUAUAUCUUGUUGCAAACAGAGAGUAUAGACGUCUUAGUGGUGUAACAGGGUCUCCACUUAUCUCGCUUCUCCAGGAAAGCUUAGAAGGAGCUGAAACCAUCAGAGCAUACGGACAAACAGAACGGUUUACUAAAAUCAUCUAUGCUGAUAACGAUUUUGAAAUAAGAGUGGCCACUUUUGGCUUUUUUGUUGCACGAUGGCUUUUGAUCAGACUCCAAUUCUUGACCUCCACCAUUGCCCUAUUCACCUCUUUAUACUUUGUGUUUAGCAGUGGACCUGGGCUUGUUUCUGGGGGUACGGCGGGUUUUGCUUUGAGCUACGCUGUUGGUAUCAUUGACUCAUUGAGAGGAAUCACUGGAGCGUUUGGAUCGUUAGAUGGAGAACUCGUUCCAGUGGAAAGGUGUUUGGAGUAUGUCAACUUGGAACCUGAAGAAGAGGCAAUUAAUGGGGUUGAACCCAGCAAAGAUUGGCUUUCCAAUGGAGAAGUAACCUUCAACAACUACUCGGCCACUUAUGACCUGGUUUCUGAGCCUGUGCUUCAAAACAUCUCUCUUUCGUUCAAACCAGGCGAGAAGAUAGGCGUGGUGGGAAGAACAGGAGCUGGAAAAAGCUCUUUGAUACUUGCACUUUUCAGGAUGUUAAAAAUAAUCGAAGGUGAUAUCGCCAUCGACAAAAUCGAUAUUGGAACACGGAGGCUCUUAGACCUCAGACGCAGUUUGAGUAUCAUUCCACAAGACUCCUACCUCUUUCUGGGAACAGUAAGGGAGAAUCUUGAUCCUCUUAAAGAGUACCUGGAUGAAAGAAUUUGGGAGGUUUUGGAAGAUUCAAACCUUAAGGAAACAGUGGAGGGUCUUGAAGAUGGUUUGUCAAGCAAGGUCAGCGAAGGUGGUUCUAACUUCUCAGGUGGACAGAAGCAGCUACUUUGUUUGGCCAGAGCUCUUUUAAAGGAUUCUAAGGUACUUAUCUUAGAUGAAGCUACGGCUUCAGUUGACUCUAAGACUGACCAGCUUGUCCAAGAAGUAAUCAAGAAGAAGGCAAGCAACAAGACUGUCAUUACCAUUGCCCAUAGAACAGAUACGGUUUUAGACUCAGAUAAGAUCUUGGCUUUGGAGGAUGGAAAAGUGGUGGAGUUUGAUGCUCCAGGUAUCUUGUUGAAGGAUCCCAGCAGCUUGUUCUACCGUUUGAUCGAGGCCAAGACGUGA